AUGUUAUAUGAAGACGUUCUUCCUUCUACAACUCCAACAUACGAGUAUAAGGGAAUCCAGGAUUCUCUCCAGAUCCUAGACCGGGAGCUGGAGGAUUCAUCUAACCCUUAUAUUGUCUUUAUUAUCGAUGAGCGUUCCUUCCUUGAUUGUUUUGAGAAUUCCGAAGAAGGACUACUUAGAACAUCAUGGGAUACUUACGACCCUUCUAGCAACCGUCUUGUUGUUAGGAUGCAGACCAUAAUACAUUCAUCCGCAAGCGGUUCUUUUGCCAGCAUAUUUAGUUCUUGGCCUAAGGACGACAAUUACCGACUUAUACCCAUGACCAAAGCAUCAGUGAGAGGCCAGUCGGGGAUGAAUAAACAGGCGGAUUACUCAUGGACCCCUAUACAAUCAGGCCGCUUGAAGGAAUUUCCGACUAUGGUAGUCGAAAUCGCGUGGUCAGAAACACGGACAAAGCUUGUUGAAGAUAUGAACUUUUGGCUAUCCCAGUGUUAUGGAGAAGUUAGAACCGCACUCUCGAUCACAGUGCAUGCUCGUGGAAAGAUCACUAUUGAGAAAUGGGAGCUUCAAGGCGCGACUCCUAUUCCAUCCCACCCAGAAAAUGGAGAUCGUACGAAAACCCGCACCAAAAUGCGAGAGGAUCCAAGGGCACCUCCACCUCGCUCUUGA